AUGAACCUUGCAUAUCAAUUGGUGGAGAAAAACAAAAUAUACCACAGAUUUAACAAUACUCUACAACGUGCUGGAAAAAAAUGGUAUUACAAUUUGAUUAGAAGACAUCCCGAACUAUCAGUUCGAUUACCAGAAAAAACAUCCAUGGCUCGGGCGAAGGGUUUCAACAGGAAAAAUGUUACAGACUUUUUUAACAUAUAUGAACGUAUUGUAGAUGAAAAUCAGUUUGACGCCGCUAGAAUAUACAACUUGGAUGAAUCAGGUUUUUCAACCGUUCGGAAAAAACCACAGAAGAUUUUAGCAAGAAAAGGAAAAAAACAAGUUGGAGUAAUCUCAAGCGGCGAAAGAGGAGUCAAUACAACAAUUGUUUGUUGUUUCAAUGGUACGGGAGUUUAUGUCCCACCAAUGUUCAUAUUUAAAAGAAUGAGAAUGCCAGAAUCUCUAAAAAAUGGCGCACCGCCUGGAAGUCUUGUUGAAGUAUCGGAAAGCGGAUAUAUAAAUUCUAAUUUAUUUACCAAAUAUCUGCAACAUUUUGUUAAAACAAUCAAACCUACAAAAGACCAAAAAGUAUUGUUGCUAUUAGACGGCCACGCAACCCAUACAAAAAAUUUGGAUGCAUUAGAAUUAGCAAGAGACCAUGGGAUUAUUCUAUUGCAAUUGCCUGCUCAUGUCACCCACAACAUGCAGCCUCUUGAUGUCGGGUUUUUUUCGCCACUCGAAAAAAGAUAUGUUAUAAAUCAGGAAACAUGGUUGCGAAGCAAUCCGAGAUGUGUCAUUACUCAAUUUCAAAUAACAGCAUUACUUGGGGAAGCGUACUGCGAAGCCGCCACCGUUGCCAACGCUAUUGGUGGAUUUAAAGGUUCAGGCAUUUGGCCUGUUAGCCGACACGUUUUUAGUGAUGUUUAUUUUGCAGCAGCAGAUAUAUUAAACGAAAGCGAAAAUGAAAAUGAUACGGUUACAAGAAAUGUAACGCCCAUCGCUGAAAUUGGGGGUACCGAAAAUGUAAGGGAAACUACAGUUAGUCAAGAUUUCACGAUUGAUGAGCACUCUAAUCCAAACAAUAAGACUGAAAAACAGCUGAUUACUGAAGUAGAGAACAAUACGAAACUAGAGACUGAGGAAUUAAGACUUGAUGAUGAAACUGCCACUCUGCAUUAUUAUACACCUCUAGAAAUUUCACCUAUGCCCAAGAUAAUUAAGCAAACAACAAAAAGAAAAAGAAAGACGCAAAAAACUACAAUAUUAACAACGACACCUUACAAGGAACAGUUGGAACAAAAGAAAAAACAGAAGACUAAGAGCAAAUUUGUUGAUGAACUUAAAGAACCCAAAGCAGGUUCAUCUGGUUUGCGCAAGGACAAAAUACCAAAUACAAAACAAGACGUUAUUAUAGAGGCCAAUGUGCAAGAAUAG